AUAAUCAAGCAGCCUAUUCAUGUUUAAAGUUGCAUAAGACAGUUUUUAUUUUUUAUUCUUUCAGCUGUUGUUCGGAGGGUAUUUAAUGGCCUGAGAGCAAACAAACAAUUAAUGCAACAACUUGAUUCAAAUGUAGGCUUAGUCUACCAGGAAUUAAUAUCCACACGUACAGAAUGGGGAUUGGGCAUUAGGGGGUUUGUAAAUAUAGAUAGAGAUUGCAAAUAGUUUAGUAAAGGGUUUUAUACAUGUAUACAAUUAUUUAUGUAUUUAUUUUUGUGGCUACACACUUGUGCGAACACACUUUGAAUUGUCUUGUAGGUGUAUUCCUAGUAUUUAAGCACAUGUGGUCUUAGUGUGGUGCUGGUGUUGUUGGGGCUGAGUUGUGUUGGAAUCUGUCUGUGGAGGGUGAUGGCCAGAAGUGUUUGUCUUGUUGUCUGAUAGAAAAAUAAAUGUGCUUCACUUUCAAAAUGCCUCCUACCUGGGCCCGUCCACCAGGCUCACACCCAGGAACCACCAAAGCUCAACCUGCCAUGAACUACAAACUGUUGGAACACCAGCGUCAACAGCUUCAAGCUCUGAUGGAAUUUGUAGCUGCUCACACAGACAAGCCAAAUCUUUACAAUUUCAAUUCAAUUGGAUUUUAUUUAUACAGUGGAAAAUCACAACAACAAUCACCUUAAGGCACUUUAUAUUGUAAGGUAGACCCUACAAUAAUACAUUCAGAGAAAAAAACCCAACAAUCAUAUGACCACCUAUAAGCAAGCACUUUGGCAACUCCCUUUUAACAGGAAGAAACAUCCAGCAGAACCAGGUUCAGGGAGCGGCAGCCAUUUGCCGUGACCGGUUGGGGUGAGGGGAGGAAGACAGGACAAAAAACAUGCUGUGGAAGUGACCCAGAGAUUAAUAACAAGUAUGAUUCAAUGCAGAGAGGUCUAUUAACAUAUAGCGAGUGAGAAAGGUGACUGAAGAAGAAACACUCAAUGCAUCAUGGGAAUUCUCCAGCAGCCUACACCUGUUGCAGGAUAAUCAAAGGGAGGAUUAAUGGUCACCUGAUCCAACCUUAACUAUGUGCUUUAGCAAUCUGGAGGAAGGUUUCAUGGUCAAAUGAAUCAAAGACUGAGCUUGUUGGACACAAUGACAAGAGGCGGAUUUGGAGGAGUAGUCUGCUGUCAAGCAUGGUGGUGGUAGCAUCGUGCUCUGCGGUGUUUUGCUGCCAGUGCACAAAGUGGAUGGAAUAAUAAAGGAGGACUACUCCAAAUUCUUCAACUUCACCUCAAAUCAACAGCUAAUUGGUUGAAACUUUGACGCAGUUGGUUGUUCCAAUGGGACAAUGACCCCAAACGCAUCAAAACUGGUUUUGAAUGCAUAAAGCAGUCUAACAUUGAGCAUCUGGACUGGCCUCCCCAAAGCCCCGACCUCAACCCUAUUAAAAACUUUUGGUCUACACUUAAAAGCUGAAUCUGAGCCACGAAACCAAACAAUUUAAUUAACUUUGUUUCCAAGAAGUGUGGUGAAAUAUCCAGCCAGAUUUAUGUCAGAAGCUGAUCUCUACCAAAAGAGUCUGGCCGAGUUGCAACUUGCUAAGGGACAUUUAACCAAAUAUUAGAUAGGCUAUAUGUCAAAGUCAAAAGUUUUCAAUUGCAAAUAUGUUAUUAAAAGAAUAUUUUCUAAGUCAGGUUAAAAAGGAAUAUCAUUCUUUGACUUUGAAAUAGAACAGAUGAUGGCAAAAUAGGAUGUGGAUUAUUUACUUUUUGGUUGAGAGUCAGUCCACUUGUGACAUGGUGAGCAGCCUGCAGGCCAGGAAAAUCAACCUGCUCUUACCGACAUUGGAGGAAAUAAUAUUUGACCAUUUUUAUAAAGGACAGAAAAGUUUUGUCACUUUUGUGGUCAGAACAGGACCCAAAGCAGGACUUUUCCAAAAAGAGACAGUGAAUUUAUUUACAGUGAAGAAAGGUGAACAACAAUGUGACAAUCCCCACACUGUGGCUCCCAUGGCGAUUUCUCUAAAAUCCCACAGAGUGCUUGUGUCCUUGGCGUGAAUCGUGAAACUCCAAAUCCCAAACCGUACAGUGGCCCUGCUCCCCUGAAACACUCUGUUCCCAAAUCCUGGCAAGACAAAGUCUUCACUAUGAAGCCGGGGAUGUACUGCUGAGUAAACUCAACGAUCCAGGGUUGACUGAAGCUCAGCCCCAUAGUUAAGAAGGAGACCGUGAUGAUAAUCAGCUGAUAAACAGACACAUGGGCAGGGCGACCAGCGAGGGCUGCCAGCUCAAGAUAAACCCAAGAAAUAUUGACAAGCCCAAAAAACACAUGAACCCUGGGUCUGGCAAUGACAGGUUUUCAUCCCUCCCUCCUCAUUAAUAUUUUUAUAUGUUUUUAAUGCAUAUAUGUAGUUAUUUUAAAGCCCAAUCUGUUUGGAAAAAUUCAGCUCUCAUAACUUUGAUUUAAUUAUACACUUUUGAAAUCUGUGGUGGUGUUGUAUCAAACCUUUUACUUUUUUGUUUUUGUUUUUUUGCUUGCUUGCAUUUACAUAUUGUGAUACUUACUGAACCUCUGUAGUUGCUUUGUUUGCUUUUGUCUGUUCAUUGGCCUUUCUCUCUACGUAUGUUUAUUAAAGCUUGGGGAAGGAAUUAUGCAACCCAGAAUGGGUUGGAAUAGAUAAAAGGGGUGGAGCUGGAACAUUUCAACAUACUUUGAACCAUAUUUGUUUGCAACCAAGGACAGAAAAAGUCAAAUAAACAUACUGAGAAACUGCCUGGGUGUAUUUGCAGCCAAGCCCUUUUUAAGUUAUAGUAAAUGAAUAGAAAGCAUAACCUUCCUGUCACUUUUCUUUCAGAGAGCCUUGAACUAAUUUGUUGAAGCAGGCAUGGAGAGUGACUCUGAAACACAGAGUGGUGAAGAUACUACUCCAGAUGACUGGAUGGAAUUGGCUGAUGACAGUCCUGCUGCCAGUCCAGCCAACAGUCCUGCUGCCACACAGAAACCCUCAGAAAAAGAGGAUUUUAAACUGUCCCUGAUCACCUGGAAUGUGGACGGGAUUCAUAGGGAAAAACGUCCAGAGCGUGCCAGAGGCCUGGUUAAAUAUUUAAAAUUAUACAAACCUGAUGUGGUGUUCCUGCAGGAGCUCAUUGACCCUUAUGCCCAGUUCUUGAAGAAGCGGCUAGUCAGCUACCUGAUGAUUGAAGGUGGUGAGAAAGGUUACUUCACAGGGAUGUUAUUGAAAAAAUCACGAGUCAAAUUUGUGGAGAGUGAGAUAGUACCUUAUCGCACCACUCAGAUGAAUAGAAACCUGCUUGUCGCUCAGGUUAUCGUCGACGGCCAGAAGCUCUGCCUGAUGACAUCCCACCUUGAGAGCUUUAAGGCAUGUUCUAAAGAGCGUAUGAAUCAGCUGCAUGUGGUGAAGUGGAGGUUUAAACAUGCACCUGAUGAUGUCACCGUUGUGUUUGGGGGAGACACAAACCUGAGGGAUGCAGAGGUACCCAAGGUGGGCCUGCCUGCAACUGUCUGUGAUGUGUGGGAGCGACUGGGCAAGCAGGAGCACUGCCGCUACACGUGGGACACCACUGUCAACACCAACCAGAAUAUUUCUACAACUGCUCGCUUCCGCUUUGACAGAAUCUACCUCCGCCCGGCUAUCAAAUGUGGAGUCCCUCGUCUGGCCCCUGAUCACAUGGCCUUGGUGGGGCUGGAGAAGCUGGACUGUGGCCGCUACACUAGUGAUCACUGGGGAAUCUACUGUACCUUCUCAGCUGAAUAGAACUAAACAAAGCAACCAAAAACAUGACAUGUCUGUGAAGGUUCUCAGACAUCCAGGUCAUCGUAGUCUAAGGAGCUUGGAAAGAAAAGCGUCUGGACUUCUUAAAGUUGCUUGAAGACGUUUCACCUCUCAUCCGAGAAGCUUCUUCAGUUCUAAGGUCAAAUGGCCGAGAGUCCCAGAUUUAAAACAUGACAGUUAAGCAUUUUAUUUUAGAUCAGCUGCUCUUAAAAUCACAGUAACGCUAUGCAGGAAGAUGUUCUUAUCGCCUGUAAAUUAUUUAUCUUAAUUUGAUCUGUUUUAUCCUCCAAUGUGUGUCUGCUUAAGUGUUUUAUGUGGUUAAAAUGACAAAAAAUAUGAAAUAUGAAUAUGAAAAGUACCAAUAAAUUAUGUCUGCUUUGUUUUAAUAUAAACUUACAUUGGUGGAUGAAAAGUCCAUUAACAGAAGUCUGACAGCUCUUCAGCUUUUAACCUUGUUACAUGAUCUUCCUCAGUGGAUGGAGUUGGGACUGAAAAACACCACACACAGCAUGAGAAACCCUACUGGGAUGUUACUCUGUAUGUAAUACAACUAGGCCACUAGAGAGCAGUACACAGGUGAAUAGCAACUGUUUAAACAGUGACUUACGGGACUGAAAGUAGUGUUAUGGGAAGUCAUAAUGGUGAGUCCAGUUUUAACCACUACACACAUAUGAUGGGGGUAGGGGGACUCUCUCCCUCGUUCAACAACUCCAGGAUACGACGACGAGGAGAAACCUCAACCUGCACGCAACGAGGGCAAGGAUCACUGGGAGAAGCCACAAGGAAACUAAGUAAAGAGCCAGGGUUUCACUAACAAAGUAGUUCAACAUUCCAGCGAUGAGUGGCUGUCCAUCCAUGUCUUAAGUAGGAGCCGUGAUUGCUCAUCUUCCACAAGUGGGAAACCAGCCACAGGUGAGUUGGGUGGAGACUCAGGAAGAGUCCAGCCCAGGGAUGAUCCUGCUCACAAUAUAGACGGGGGGAGAGAGAGAGAGAGAGAGAAUCCACUGGGGGAGCCAGGGUCCUGACAGGAAAGGUAAGAUAGCCUCAACUUCGGGGUACACACAUUUAUAAAAGAGAAUGUGCUUCUAUCUCUUUGGUCAAAAAAACAAAACAAAAAACAAAACAUUGGGGAGGGCUGUGGUUUCCAGUUUAGCCCCACUCAUUGGCACACAGGUUGGUCCCAACCGCUUGGUGCUCUUCUCCUCUUCCAUCGAGUGCAGCUUCACCUAGGGAUGGAAACCUGCCUCUCCUGCCACUGUCUGACUAUCUCUUCUCUCUCUCACACACACACACACAUACUGGUCUGCCUCUCCCUAACCUGUUAGCUAGUUUCAUGCAUCUGAGGCAGCAUCUACCUGUGAGAGCUAUUGUUUUUCAACCUUGCUCUGGUUCACUCCCACAUUCCUGCACACCGCCUUCCACUAAGUCUGCACAAACAACUCUCAAUUAAUGUGAAUAUCUAACUUUUCUGCUUGUUUUAUACUUGAGCAAUGCAAUUAACCAUUAAAGGGAUCUAAAAUUGGUUACAGUCCCCAUACCCCAUACCAUAUAUAUCACAUAUUAGCUGUAAGUAACAAGUCAUUUACAGCAGAUUAAAAAUGGACAGUCACUUUUUGGCCUACACCUCUGUUUCAGGUUAACUGGUUAUAUUUGUUAAAAUAUUCCACUCUGCGAGUUCCAGGUGUUGCAUCCGUAGAUUUGUCAUUUUCACUGAAUGGUCGUCUCUGUUGGCCAGUGUGCUGUUUAGUCAGGCUGUUCGCUCCUGACUAAACUGUGACUAUCACCAGUUUACAUGGGCGUGUUUCCUGAAUCAGCUCAAGGAGUGAACGUAUGGAAGUAAAUCUUCCAUCUGUAAAUCUGUUGAGCUGAUGUGUGAUGUAGUGGAGAAACUAUCCACUCGUGCUUUAUUUUACAGAAACACAGAGGUAUGAUGCCAGGCAGAAGACCUUUGUUUCUUUUUAUUAUUAUUGUCAUUCAAAUCAUUUCAAACAUAAAGAGGUUACACACAUAUUGCAGACUGAGAGUAAUUUUGCUCAAAAAGACUGGCAAAGAGCUAACAUUUUUUUAAAAAAAAGUUCUGCCUGUUAAUGCCAGGAAGAGAAGUUGGAAAACUUGUUUGAGUCAACAAACUUAACUAAUAAACAUAACUCUUACAUUCAGGCACAGAGAAUCGAAUGAAAUAAUAAUCAAGCAGUCUAUUCAUGUUUAGAUUUGCAUAACACAGUUUUAGUUUUUUAUUCUUUUAGCUGUAGUUCGGAUGCUAUUUAAUGGCCUGAGAGCAAGAACACAAUUAAUGCAACAACAUGAUUCAAAUGUAGGCUUAGUCUAGCUACAAUUAAAUUGGUUGGUUUCGUGGCUCAGAUUCAGCUUUGAAGUGUAGACCAAAAGUUUUUAAAAGGGUUGAGGUCGGGGCUUUGGGGAGGCCAGUCCAGAUGCUCAAUGUUAGACUGCUUUAUGCAUUCAAAACCAGUUUUGAUGCGUUUGGGGUCAUUGUCCUGUUGGAACAACCAACUGUGUCAAAGUUUCAACCCUCUAGCUGUUGAUUUGAGGUGAAGCUGAAGAAUUUGGAGGUCGUCCUCCUUUAAUAUUCCAUCCACUUUGUGCACUGGCAGCAAAACACAGCAGAGCAUGAUGCUACCACCACCAUGCUUGACAGCAGACUACUCCUCCAAAUCCGCCUCUUGUCAUUGUGUCCAACAAGCUCAGUCUUUGACUCAUUUGACCAUAAAACCUUCCUCCAGAUUGCUAAAGCACAUAGUUAAGGUUGGAUCAGGAGACCUUGAAUCCUCCCUUAGUUAUCCCUCAAUAGGUGUAGGCUGCUGUGGAAUUCCCAUGAUGCAUUGAGUAUUUCUUCUUCAGUCACCUUUCUCACUUGCUAUAUGUUAAUAGACCUCUCUGCAUUGAAUCAUACUUGUUAUUAAUCUCUGGCUCACUUCCACAGCAUGUCUUUUGUCCUGUCUUCCUCCCCUCACCCCAACCGGUCACAGCAGAUGGCUGCCCCUCCCUGUGCCAAAGUGCUUGCUCAUAGGUGGUCAUAUGAUUGUUGGGUUUUUGUCUGUAUGUAUUAUUAUAGGGUCUACCUUACAAUAUAAAGCGCCUUAAGGCGAUUGUUGUUGUGAUAAUUUGGACUGUAUAAAUAAAAUCCAAUUGAAUUGAAAUUAAACCGAUUUGGCUUGUCUAUGUGGGCAGCUAUAAAAUUCCAGCAAAGCUUGAAGCCGUUGAUUUUGGAGCAGUGAGACGGUGACGCUGGUGUUCCAGCAGUUUGUAGUUCAUGGCAGCUUGAGCUUUGGUGGUUCCUGGGUGUGAGCUUGGUGAAGGGGCCCAGGUAGGAGAAUGAUUAAAUCACAACUCCAAGAGGGAUUUUGAAAGUGAAGCAUAUUUAUUUUUCCAACAGACGACAAGACAAACACUUCUGGCCAGCACCCUCCACAGACAGAUUCCAACACAACUCUGCCCCAACAACACCAGCACCACACUAAGACCACAUGUGCUUUAAUACUAUUGGGAAAACACCAUAAGAAGUUUCUUAUA